CCGGCUAGGGGAGGGCGCGGCGGUGGCAGCGGGAGCCCGCGGGAGGAAGAGACGCUGGGAGCCCCGAGCCGGCACCAUGAACCGCUUCAAGGCGUCUCGGUUCCGGCACGCGGUGGCCAAGCCGGCCCGUAAGGAGGCCUGGAUCAGGGAUGUCCGAGCCGGCUCCACCACCUCCUGUGGGAACCACAUCAAAUCCAGCUGCCACUGGAUAGCGUUUAAUGCUGAUUCAGCAGGUGUGUUGGGCAUUGUGCCGCUGGAGAGCCAGGACGGAGGGAAGAGGGCUGUGUCCCAGCUGUGCUGCCAUUCAGACAUGGUGACGGACUUUGACUUUUCUCCAUUCGACGCGCUCCUGCUGGCAACAGGCUCCGCCGAUGAAACUGUGAAGGUGUGGCGCCUGUCUGAGAGCGGCCAGGACCUGCCCUCCUGCCCUGGAGUGACCCUGGGGCCGGCAGGGUGCCAGGUAGAGACACUCCAGUUCCACCCGACAGCGGACGGUGUACUGGUGAGCGGAGCUGGGAGAACGGCAAAGGUCUGGGAUGUGGCCCAGCAGAAACCUCUGACAGCACUGGAACCUCACGGCGACCUGAUCCAGAGUGUGUCCUGGAAACAAGAUGGCGCCCUCCUCGGCACCUCCUCUAAGGAUAAGAAGCUGCGGAUCUUUGACCCAAGGACCAAGCCAGCUGCAGCCCAGAGCAUCCAGGGUCACGAAAACAACAAGGAUUCCAGGCUGCUCUGGAUGAACGCCAGCGAUUAUGUCCUCUCCAUAGGAUUCAGCCAGAUGAGGGAGCGUGAGGUGAAGCUGUGGGACACACGGCGAUUCAGCAGCUCGCUCGUCUCCUUCGCGCUGGACACCUCCUCAGGGGCAGCGAUCCCACUCUUGGACCCCGACACCGGGCUCUUGGUGGUGGCUGGAAAGGGUGAAAAUCUCCUCUACUGCUUUGAAGUGUGCCCCUCGCUGCCAGCCCUGACACAGGUGACCCAGUGUCUGACAGAGGGCAAGGCCAAGGGUGCCGCCCUGGUGCCAAAGCGGGCACUGGACGUCAUGUCCUGCGAGGUGCUCAGAGUCCUGCAGCUGACGGACAGCUUCAUUGUUCCCAUCAGCUACACGGUGCCCCGCAAGUCCUUGCAGGAGUUCCACGAAGAUCUGUUCCCGGACUCCACUGGGCCCGUCCCCGCAGUAUCAGCGCAGGGCUGGUGGGCAGGAGACAACAAGCAGGUGGAGAAGAUGAGCCUGAACCCGGCCCGCAGGCCCCGGGAGACCUUCACCUCCUGCCUGUGUCCCCCUGCCCGGCGUGAGGAGCCUGCUCCACCCACCACCCAGCAGCCCGCCAUCCGCUCUGGGGACGUGGACAGGAGCGAGGGCAGCGGCCUCUCGUCUCCCCCCAGCUCCCUGAGCUCUCCCUCCAGCUCAGCCCCAUCUCUCUCCACCACCAGCCCCAGUCCUAGUCAGAAGUCCCUGCAGAGCAUUCUGGGGCCCAGCUCCAAGUUCCGUCACACCCUGGGUACGGUGCUGCCCCGCGGCACCCACAUCACCAACCUCAAGGGGCUGAACCUCACCACACCGGGAGAGAGCGACGGCAUCUGCGCCAACCGGCUGCGCGUCGCCGUCCCGCUGCUGUCAGCAGGCGGGCAGAUCGCUGUGCUGGAGCUCUCCAAGCCGGGCCGGCUCCCAGACACGUCCGUGCCCACCAUCGAGAAUGGGACGCCGGUCGCAGACUUCUGCUGGGACCCCUUCGACCUGCAGCGCCUCGCAGUCGCGGGCGACGAUGCCAAGAUCCGACUGUGGCGAAUCCCCCCCGGAGGGCUGCAGGAGACGCUGCUGGAGCCUGAGGCCGUGCUCAGAGGUCACACGGAGAAGAUCUACUCCCUCAAAUUCCACCCCCUGGCUGCAGACAUACUGGCUUCCUCCUCCUACGACAUGAGCGUGCGGAUCUGGGACCUGAAGGCGGGCAGGGAGGAGCUGUGCCUGAGGGGGCACCGAGACCAGAUCUUCAGCCUGGCUUGGAGUCCGGAUGGCCAGAAGCUGGCCACGGUCAGCAAGGAUGGCAGAGUGCGGGUCUAUGUGCCCCGCCAGUCCCCGGAGCCCGAGCAGGAAGGCCCCGGCCCAGAGGGAGGGCGAGGCGCGAGGCUGGUCUGGGUCUGUGGUGGCCGCUACCUGCUGGUGUCUGGCUUCGACAGCCGCAGCGAGCGCCAGCUGUACCUGUCUGACGCAACGUCCCUGGCAGCCGGGCCCCUGGCAGUGGAGAGCAUCGACACGGCUCCCUCCACCCUCAUCCCCUUCUACGAUCCGGACACCAGCGUGGUCUUCCUCACCGGCAAGGGCGACACGAGAGUCUUUGUCUACGAGCUGGUCCCUGAGGCGCCCUUCUUCCUGGAGUGCAACAGCUUCGCCUCCAGCGACCCUCACAAGGGCUUCGUGUUCCUGCCCAAGACGGAGUGCGACGUGCGGGAGGUGGAGUUUGCCAGGGCUCUGCGCCUGAGGCAGAGCUCCAUCGAGCCGAUUGCCUUCAGGGUCCCCCGAGUCAAGAAGGACUAUUUCCAGGACGACAUCUACCCGGCCACUGCAGUGUGCUGGGAGCCGGCCCUCCCCGCUGCGGCCUGGCGCGCAGGAACCAAUGGGCAGCACCGCACCAUCAGCCUCCAGCCCCGGGACAUGAUUCCAGUGAGCGCGGCCCCGCAGGAGGCGCCGACCCGGAAGUACGUCCCGGCCUCGGUCUACCUAGAGGAGAAGUCUGACGAGCAGAAGAAGGAGGAGCUGCUGAGCGCAAUGGUGGCCAAGCUGGGUAACCGGGACGACCCCCUGCCGCAGGAAUCCUUCGAAGGGGUGGAUGAAGCGGAAUGGGACUAGCCCUGGAGGGGUGACUCCUGUCUCCUGGAACCGCAAUCUCCUCCGUGCCAAUGCUGCUGGCUCCCUGACUGGCCUUCACAGCCCCCAUGCUGCGGCCUUGCCUUUCGCUGGACUGUGCCAAUAUACCCCAGGGCUUCGCCGCUCCCCAAUCCAGCACCGAUCUCCCUGGAGGGGCUCAGGCCCAGCCCCGGCCCUUUCC